GACAGAAGCGGACGACGCGUUACUUCGGCGGUGGCGGCGUCGUCGUCGGUCCGCGUGGCCAUGCGCGCCGAAACGUUCGUCGGCCGCAUCCUGCGCGCCCGACACAGUCACGUGUGUAUCGCCGCAAAGGAUGCGGUGUCCUGCCACAGGCCACAGCCCCCGUCACCACCGCCGUCGCCACUGACGCUACCGCUAACAUCGCCACCGCAGCCGCCGACGCCGUUUUUCUAUUGUUAUCAUUCGACGACAACGCGUGGACAACGGCGCACGUCCGGUGCACUGGUGGUCGUCCGUCGUCGCCGGCCGCGCGCUCAUAAAACGCGACUACGCCGCCACCGCAUAAAAGUCGUGCCGGCCACGAGAGACGCGACGCGUGUGGACAAUCCGUCGUCGUCGUCGUCGUCAUUCGAUAUCCGAUUGCGACGAGUCGCACACGACCACACAGAAUCAAUUCAGCUGCUCGGAGUAAUGUUUAGCCAUAGUGUAUUUUAAAGGAAACAAAUUGCUUUUUUCACUAUAAUAUGGCCAUCCUCCAAUCUUGCUGUUGUUUUCAGUCGCUUAGAACGGGAUGUUAUGCCAGCGUCAUUUAUGCGAUGGCAUAUUUUACUUUAAACACUAGCAUACUGGGGUCAUUUAUACAUCUUGAAAGACCAUAUUGGACUGGAAAUGGAACCGCUCCACAGAGCAAAAGUUUCCUAGAACCGGAAAAAAUCUCUGAAACUACAGUGGUUUUCCACAUGGUGGUGUUGGUGUGCGCUGGAUGCGGUAUCCUGACCAGCAUCGUGUUGUUGAUAGGAAUUUAUUUUGAUCUCAGAGUUUUAUUCGUACCUUGGAUAUUUGCAAUGAUCUUAGCAACUACUGUUGACGUGGCACAUUCAAUAUAUUUAUAUGGACUUGAUACGGUUGAAUUCAAUCCACCGACAGCAAUUUUGUAUACUAUCGAUUUUUUUCUACUAAUUUUAAACCUGUACGCGGUACUUUGUGUGAUAUCGCAAUAUCAAGAACUAAUGGCGGGCAGAGGUACUGCCCGUUUUGAACAAACCUUGAAGAUAUCGCCGGUGAGGUACACGUGCCAGCCGACGGGCACCAGUUGCCUGAGUUCCAGGCGACCGGCCACACUGCAGCCGGCGUCGCCCACGCAGAGUCCUACGAAGACUACGGUUACCGCGACCACGGGUUCGGUGGUUUUGGCGGCAGGUGGUGGGACGUCCUCUGGAUCACGCAGGGGUUCCAGGAAACACGUACAGUUCCCGGAUUUCGAAACGCCCAACCUCAAGUCCACAGAUCUGUUGCACGCGAACUGGAAACAAGGAUCGUCGCCACCACCCGAACAGAUGAGCACCGCGACGGCAGCAGAAUUAUCGAGUCAACAGCAUCAGCUGAUCGCCGACAACCGGUCAAGCCAUUUGCAAGCCGAACUGCUGCAGAUAUCCACGCAAGAUUGUUCGAAAAAAUUUACAGCUGAUCUCUAGACGCGUUUCGGGAGCACAUUUUUACGCGGUGUUACACAUCCAAUAUAGCCUUAUUAUAUAAUUUAAUAUGCGAUAAUACAUACGUUAUAUAAUAUUUUCUUUGAUAUAAAUAACUUUAACGUUUAUUGUGUGACGAAACAUUAUU